UUGCGGUUCCACCUGGCGACUUGACACAUCCCAUUUUAAAACCCUGCCACAAGGCCACAAUUUUAGACUCUUAAAAGUGUUUGAAUGAUCAAAACUUGUAAGACUGGAUCGGUCCCUUAAGAAUUCAGAUCCAAAACCUCGAAAGAAAAGGAUCCAUCAACUCAUGAGGAAUCCUUCUCAAUUGCACCCUCUUUCCUAUUUUCUGAAUCUCUAUAGUUUGUUGUUGAUGGGAAGCAUUUCUUGUUGAGAAGAGAAACGAUCGAACACAUGGCUAUGAGCCAACAUCGCACAUUCUGGUCAUUAGGCUUGGGGAUCAGCUUCACCAGAAACCUCAUCACCUGGUUCCUCCUCAUCUUCUCCUUGCUUUACAUCCUCUACUCCUCCAAUCUCCUCCUAACUAACCGUAGCUUGAAUUGCUGCACAACUCAUCUCUCUUCUUCUCCUCAAUUCCUUCCCGAUUCCAAUUCCAAAUCAAAUUCAAAUUCCUUUACUACAACAAUAACGACCCGUCGAUUCGACACGGAGCUCAAACACAUCGUCUUCGGAAUCGCAGCGUCGUCCAAGCUGUGGGAGCGCAGGAAGCAAUACAUCAAACAGUGGUGGAGACCCACGAAGACGAGAGGUGUGGUGUGGCUAGACAAGCCAGUGAGGGGACGUGGCAAUGAAGGGCUACCUGAGAUUCGGAUCUCCGGGAACACUUCAAAGUUCCCUUACACGAACAGGCAGGGGAGUCGGUCGGCGCUGAGGAUAUCAAGGGUGGUCUCAGAGAUGGCGAGGCUUGGGAUGGAGGACGUGAGGUGGUUCGUAAUGGGGGACGAUGACACAGUGUUUGUGGUGGAUAACGUGGUGAGGGUACUCUCCAAGUACGACCACCGCGAGUUCUAUUAUGUGGGGAGCCCCUCAGAGAGCCACGUUCAGAACAUAUUCUUCUCCUACACCAUGGCUUAUGGAGGAGGUGGGUUCGCUAUUAGCUAUCCCCUGGCAAAAGCUCUGGAGAAGAUGCAGGAUCAGUGCAUCCAUAGGUAUCCUGGGUUGUAUGGCAGUGACGACCGGAUGCAAGCUUGUAUGGCCGAGCUGGGUGUGCCCCUCACUAGAGAAGUUGGCUUUCAUCAGUAUGAUGUGCAUGGAAACCUGUUGGGCCUAUUAGCUGCUCACCCUGUUACUCCACUAGUAUCUUUGCACCACCUAGAUAUUGUGGAUCCAAUAUUUCCAGGAAUGAGCAGAUCCAGAGCCAUACAACACCUCCUUGAAUCUAGCAUACUCGACUCUGCCAGUAUUAUGCAACAAUCCAUCUGCUAUGACAGGAACAGAGAGUGGUCGAUUUCUGUCUCGUGGGGCUACGUUGUCCAGAUCUUAAGAGGUGUCAUUUCACCCAGAGAACUGGAGACUCCAACCAGAACAUUCCUUAAUUGGUAUAAAAGAGCUGACUACACUGGAUAUUCAUUCAAUACUAGGCCUGUUUCUAAGCAUCCUUGCCAAAAGCCUUAUAUUUUCUACAUGGGCACUACUCAAUAUGACCAUGUCAAGAAACAAACAUUGGGUAUCUAUUCUCGACAUAGAGCUCGACAACCCAACUGCGGUUGGAAAAUGGAAUCACCUGGAGCAAUUGAUUCCAUCAUUGUCGUGAAGAGACCAGACCAUCUCCGGUGGCAGAAGUCACCAAGGAAGGAUUGUUGUAGAGUUUUUCCAUCAAGUAAGAGAUCAACCAUGUACAUAUCUGUGGGCAACUGUCAAGAUGGAGACAUUAGGGAAUUAUGACAACGGGUGUUGGUUUUUUUUUAAUCAGUUCUUUGCGAUCAAGGGAAUCUCAACUCAAAUUAAUUGGACAUCUUCUAUUCUAGAGGCUCCCUUCUCCCAUCGGCAAGGCUGCAAGAAACUUUGGAGGUAUCACAAAAUUCAUAUUAUGGCUUCAAAAGUUGGUGUUUGGUUGUGCACACUUCAUCCAAUUUAUACUAUUCCUUUCUUCUUUCUGUA